UUCACAGUGCAUGGGGCAAUGCCAGUAUGUUUCUGAAGGGAUGUUCCACAAUGAAGAUGGAAAGUAUAAAGAAAUCAGGAAACAUGAAGAAUGCCAUGCUAUCACUAGUUCUCAUAGUUGGUUUGAUUGCCACGGUCCACUGCGCGUGUGACACGGCGGCGGCCACGACUUGUAUUACCACUCUAGGGACCGAUACUGGAGCUGCUGGGACCGAUGUUGGGAAGUUCUGUAGCGCAUACAAUAAGUAUCUAACUUGCCUCGCAGGCAUAGGAUGCAGCACCGACCCUUCGACUAAAUCAGCUUUUGACACGGCCAAAGCAUACAUAAACAAGUCUUGUAACAGCGGCGCCAUGGCAACAGCUUCAGUUUUGACCAUGUUUCUCACCCUGUUCGUGAUGCUCUUCAAGUGAACUACUUUCUGAAUGAAGCUGACCAUGGAGACAUCCAUCUUUGCCAUGAUAUCUACACUUCAAACACGAUACAUUGGACAAUAGUGAUUUAAUAAAACACAUGGUUACAUACGUAACUAAUACGCAGA